GCCGGGUCCGGUCGCGGCCCCCGCUCGUCCUCGGCUCCUGCCCCUCGCCUCCGGAGAGCCCGCCGGCGCGCGGGGCCCAUGAGCGCCCGUGGGUAGCGCGCCAGCCAGCCGUGCCCGGAGCCCGAGCGCAGCCUCCAGGUCCUACCUGAGGUGCCCCUGACCAUCCCUGUUCCCCACCCCACCCCGGAUCCCGGCAAUGCUAACCGCUGUCUGCGGCUCUCUGGGCAGCCAGCACACGGACGCGCCUCACGCCUCCCCGCCGCGCCUCGACCUGCAGCCUCUCCAAACAUACCAGGGCCACACGAGCCCGGAGGCUGGGGACUACCCCUCCCCGCUGCAGCCUGGAGAGCUGCAGAGCCUCCCGCUGGGCCCUGAGGUGGACUUCUCACAGGGCUAUGAGCUGCCGGGGGCCUCCUCUCGGGUAACCUGCGAGGACCUGGAAAGCGACAGUCCCUUGGCCCCGGGACCCUUUUCCAAGCUCCUGCAGCCGGACAUGUCCCACCAUUACGAAUCGUGGUUCCGGCCAACUCACCCAGGCACUGAGGAUGGCUCCUGGUGGGACCUUCAUCCGGGCACCAGCUGGAUGGACCUCCCCCACACUCAGGGCGCGCUCACCUCGCCUGGCCACCCCGGGGCGCUUCAGGCUGGCUUGGGGGGCUACGUCGGAGACCACCAGCUUUGCGCACCGCCUCCCCACCCGCACCCGCACCACCUCCUCCCAGCCGCCGGAGGGCAGCACCUCCUGGGGCCUCCCGACGGGGCCAAGGCCUUGGAAGCGGCCGCCCCGGAGUCCCAGGGGCUGGAUUCCAGUCUGGACGGAGCAGCCCGGCCCAAAGGCUCCCGGCGGUCAGUGCCCCGCAGCUCAGGCCAGACCGUGUGCCGCUGCCCCAAUUGCCUGGAGGCGGAGCGACUGGGGGCUCCGUGCGGGCCCGACGGGGGCAAGAAGAAGCAUUUGCACAAUUGCCACAUCCCGGGCUGCGGGAAAGCCUACGCCAAGACGUCGCACCUGAAGGCGCACCUGCGCUGGCACAGCGGCGACCGUCCCUUCGUGUGCAACUGGCUCUUCUGCGGCAAGCGCUUCACGCGCUCCGACGAGCUGCAGCGCCACCUCCAGACCCACACGGGCACCAAGAAGUUCCCUUGUGCCGUCUGCAGCCGCGUCUUCAUGCGCAGCGACCACCUGGCCAAACACAUGAAAACCCACGAGGGCGCCAAGGAGGAGGCUGCCGGGGCGGCCGCGGGCGAGGGCAAGGCCAGCGGAGCGAUGGAGCCCGCCGGGGGCAAAGGCAAGCGGGAGGCCGAGGGCGGCGCGGCUCCCUCCAACUGAGCUCCUCCGGUACCGCCCCCCCCCCCCAUUGGUCUCCCCUGGGGGCAUCCGAAGAGCUUUCCUCCUGGCCUGAUGCCUUUGGGGGGCGACUUGAGGAAGAGGAGAAGGUGGUUAUUUAUUGAGGGGGAGGAAAAGUGGUGCCGGGUCGGGAAGACGGGGCGCUAGGUAGGGGUGUUUUGGUCUCGGGGCCGGACGAAAAGUGUUUGGCUAGGCUGGGGGAGCUGCGCAUGCCCCUCUGUUCCCCCCCUCCCCCCCGCCCCUUCAUCCCUUAUUUCGCUCCUGUCCCCAGGCUCGGGGGUUGGGGUGGGGUACCCCUACCGCGCCUGGAGGGUGGAGGGGACCUGCUGGAAGAGACGGCGCGUCCCUGGAGCAGAGAGGAGUGGGGCCGCCCCGGGCGCUGAGGGUAGUUGUCUGGACACGUCCUUAGCGCCUGGGAACCGGGACAUAAAAGCGCCUCCGGACCCGCCCUGCGGCCCGGGUCCCUUUCAUCCCGCUUUUAGUGCUUCUGUCCCUAUGGUUUCCCGAGGGAGAGCUGAGGUGGGGUAGGGAAGGCAGGGGUCCCCCUUAGGGAGCGGUCUCUAUCUGGUUGGGAGGGUUGUUGCUGUAGAAAUAACUCCUUUGAUGUGCCUCCCGGUUAACCCUUCCAAACCCACUCUGAUGGGGCCAUGAAGGAAGAGAGGAAGCGGCCAGAAUCCGGGACAGCCGUGCAGCCAGAGCUGUGGGGUCGAGGGGAGAGCUAGAUUGGGAAGGGGGAGGGCAAAAAAAAGUCCCCUUCUAAAAGGAGAGAAAGGAAUUUGGCGGGGCAGUGGAAGGAGCUAACCCCUUCCCUCUCUAACUCGGAUUCAGUCCUUAACUCAUGGUUUUUAUGAAAAAUAAAGUUCAGUAUAGUCCACAUUCCCCA